AUGCCGCGCGCGCCCCGGUGCCGGGCGGUGCGCGCCCUGCUGCGCGGCCGCUACCGCGAGGUGCUGCCUCUGGCCGCCUUCCUGCGGCGCCUGGGGCCCCCGGGCCGGCGGCUCGUGCGGCGCGGGGACCCGGCGGCCUUCCGCGCGCUGGUGGCCCAGUGCCUGGUGUGCGUGCCCUGGGGCGCGCAGCCGGCCCCCGUCGGCGCGUCCUUCCGCCAGGUGUCCCGCCUGAAGGAGCUGGUGGCCCGGGUGGUGCAGAGGCUCUGCGAGCGCGGCUCCAGGAACGUGCUGGCCUUUGGCUUCGCCCUGCUGGACGGGGCCCGCGGCGGGCCGCCGGUGGCCUUCACCACCAGCGUGCGCAGCUACCUGCCCAACACGGUAACCGAGACCCUGCGCGGCAGCGGCGCGUGGGGGCUGCUGCUGCGCCGCGUGGGCGACGACGUGCUCGUCCACCUGCUGACGCGCUGCGCGCUCUACCUUCUGGUGGCCCCGAGCUGCGCCUACCAGGUGUGCGGGCCGCCGCUCUACGACCUCUGCGCACCUGCCGCCGCUCGGGCCCUCGCCACCCCCGGCCGCAGGCCCUGCACCCGCAUGGACCUCGGAGCCACGCGCCAGGCCCGGAGCGCGCGCGCAAGGCGGCGGCGGGGCAGCCGCGGGGGCGCCUCGCCUCUGGCCAAGAGGCCCAGGCACCACGUGAGCCCAGAGCCCGAGCAGGGGCCGGACAGGCCGUCGUCCCGCGCCCACCCCGGCAGGGCCCACGGGCCGCGUGGCGGCGAAUCUCGCCCAGUGACGUCCGCCAGGGCCCCUGCCGAAGCCAGCCCCCGGGAGGGAGGGCCUCCUGGGACUCGGCUCACCCCCGCAGCAGCCGCGCAGCUGUCUCCGGGGCCCCAGGGCGCACGCCUUCAGCACCUCGCCCACCCUGAGACCAAGCACUUCCUCUACUCCUCAGGAGGCAAGGAGCGGCUGCGCCCUUCCUUCCUGCUCAGCGCCCUGCAGCCUAGCCUGGCAGGGGCCCGGGCGCUCCUGGAGACCAUCUUUCUGGGCUCCAAGUCCCCGCGGCCAGGGGCUGCCCGCAGGCCCCGCCGCCUCCCCGCCCGCUACUGGCGGAUGAGGCCCCUGUUCCGGGAGCUGCUUGCCAACCACGCACGGUGUCCCUACGGAGCGCUCCUCGGGGCGCACUGCCCGCCUCGCGCCCCGGCCCCCGCGGAGGGGUCGAGCCAGCGGGGCGGCGGGGGAGCGGGCGUCCGUGGCCUGGAGAGGCGCGCGGCAGCGCCCGGGCACCUGCUGCAGCUCCUGCGGCAGCACAGCAGCCCCUGGCAGGUGUACGCCUUCCUGCGCGCCUGCCUGUGCAGGCUCGUGCCCGCCGGGCUCUGGGGCUCCAGGCACAACCAGCGGCGCUUCUUGAGGAACGUGAAGAAGUUCCUCUCCCUGGGGAAACACGCCAAGCUCUCGCCGCGGGAGCUGACGUGGAAGAUGCGGGUGCAGGACUGCGCGUGGCUGCGCGGGAGCCCAGGGGCUCGCUGCGUCCCGGCCGCUGAGCACCGUCGCCGAGAGGAGGUCCUGGCCAAGCUGCUGUGCUGGCUGCUGGGCACCUACGUGGUGGAGCUGCUCAAGUCAUUUUUUUAUGUCACGGAAACUACAUUUCAGAAGAACCGGCUCUUUUUCUACCGGAAGAGUGUCUGGAGCCAGUUGCAGAGCAUAGGAAUCAGACGACACUUCGACAGUGUGCAUCUUCGGGAGCUGUCAGAACCAGAGGUCAGGGGGUAUCAGGAAGCCAGACCCCCUCUGCUGACAUCCAAACUCCGCUUCCUCCCCAAGCCCAGUGGGCUUCGGCCAAUCGUGAACAUGGACUAUGUUGUGGGAGCCAGAACAUUCCGCAGAGACAAGAAGGUGCAGCAGCUCACCUCGCAGGUGAAGACGCUGUUCAGCGUGCUGAACUACGAGCGGGCCCGGCGGCCCAGCCUCCUGGGGGCCUCCGUGCUGGGCAUGGACGACAUCCACAGGGCCUGGCGCACCUUUGUGCUGCGCGUACGGGCCCAGGACCCAGCGCCCCAGCUGUACUUUGUCAAGGUGGACGUGACAGGGGCCUACGAUGCCCUCCCGCAGGACAAGCUGGUAGAGGUGAUUGCCAACGUGAUCAAGCCUCAAGAAAACACCUACUGCGUGCGUCGGUAUGCCGUGGUCCAGAGAACUGCCCAGGGACACGUCCGCAAGUCCUUCAAACGACACGUGUCCACCUUUGCAGACCUCCAGCCAUACAUGAGACAGUUCGUGGAGCAUCUGCAGGAAACGAGCCCCCUGAGGGACGCCGUGGUCAUUGAGCAGAGCUCCUCUCUGAACGAGGCCGGCAGCAGCCUUUUCCACCUCUUCCUGCGCCUGGUGCACAACCACGUCAUAAGGAUUGGGGGCAAGUCCUACGUGCAGUGUCAGGGGAUCCCGCAGGGCUCCGUCCUGUCCACGCUGCUCUGCAGCCUGUGCUACGGGGACAUGGAGAGCAGGCUGUUUUCCGGGAUCCACCAGGAUGGGCUGCUCCUGCGUCUGGUGGACGACUUCCUGCUGGUCACCCCUCACCUGGCGCAAGCCAGAGCCUUCCUCAGGACCCUGGUCAGAGGUGUUCCUGAGUAUGGCUGCACAGCCAACUUGCAGAAGACAGCAGUGAACUUCCCCGUGGACGACAGCGCCCCAGGCAGCGCGGCCCCCCUCCAGCUGCCCGCCCACUGCCUGUUCCCCUGGUGCGGUUUGCUGCUGGACACUCGGACCCUGGAGGUGUUCUGUGACUACUCCAGUUACGCCCAGACCUCCAUCCGCUCGAGCCUCACCUUCAGCCAGGGCGCCAGGCCUGGGAGGAGCAUGCGUCGCAAGCUAUUCGCAGUCUUGCGGCUCAAGUGCUGCGCUGUGUUCCUGGAUCUGCAGGUAAACAGCAUCCACACGGUUUAUACAAACAUUUACAAGAUAUUCUUGCUGCAGGCCUACAGGUUCCACGCGUGUGUGCUCCAGCUUCCGUUCAACCAGCCAGUGAGGAAGAACCCCUCCUUUUUCCUCCGUGUCAUCUCGGACACCGCGUUGCGCUGCUACUCCCUCCUGAAAGCCAAGAACUCAGGGAUGUCCCUGGGGGCCAAGGGCGCCUCUGGCCCGUUUCCUUCUGAGGCCGCGAGGUGGCUCUGCCUGCACGCCUUCCUGCUCAAGCUGGCUCGUCACAGCGGCACCUACAGGUGUCUUCUGGGGCCACUCCGGGCAGCCAAAGCACAGCUGUGCGGGCAGCUCCCACAGGCCACCCUGGCCGCACUGGAGGCAGCAGCCACCCCCGGCCUGCCUGAAGACUUCAGGACCAUCUUGGACUGAUGGCUGGUCUCACAGCCCAGGGCAGGCCCCACGUGGCUCCACAUCACGGAAUGACCAUGCACUGCUGGCCUGGCCGGCGCCCAUGUCCUCCAGGGAGAGCGCCCACCCACCACCAGCUAGUGAUUGGGGUCACUGACCACCAGAAGGGGGCAGGCAGGAGAGCCUGGCUGAGGUGUCAGGCCAGCUGCAUAGAGCAUGUCCCGACCUUUGUCACGCCCCCACCCCACCCCCUGCUCGGAGAAGCCCCCAUCUGGAGUGGGGGUGCAAGGAGGCAUGUGGGGUGCUCGGCUGGACAUGGGCUCCUUUCUGCUGACCUGCCCUGGGGCCUGCACUGCCCACACCUACCCUGAGGAGCCCUCCCUCAGCUUUGUCCAGAGUCCAUGCCUUAUCGGGCUUUCCUCAGAAGCCAAGGGCCCAGUCAGCUGUUUGAGACCCAUCCCCACCCCUACCUGUGACCUCGCCCUGUCCCUCUCACCUCACACUGGCCUCCUGGAGCCUGAGUGUCUGCCACGUCCUAUCCAUGGCCACCCCCACUUCCGGACUCUUCCCUGCUGGCCCUUGCUCAGCACACGGUGGCCCCAGGUUAUCCUGGGAGCACUCUUCCGCGUGGCUUCCUACCUCUGCACCUGCGACCACUCCUGUGACCACUCCUGUGACUUCUGGGGGCCACAGAAAGAACGCCCUGAGCCUUUGUUCUUGUAGGUUUAAUGUUCCUAUGUUUGCAUUAAAGCACGUGCUGUGUUGCCGGGAGCCGCACCGGCCUCUUUGGAUGGCAGUCACAGCAAGGAAGUGGCAAUGUUUGCAGCUCCUCCC